GAUGGAAAAGAAAUAAAAUUCAAAAUGCCCAAUGUGAAAUGGCAAACAUUUGGAGUGUCAGUCUCGGAGGAAAAAGUUCCUAAACAAGAAAUGCAUGUGGGAGUGAUCAAACCUGAGGUUUCAAUACCAGCCGUAGCUGUUGAUGUUGAAGGUCCUCAAGUGACAACUGUUACAACUGGUCUGGAUGUCAGUGGCGCAAGACCUGACAUCGAUCUCGCCACACAAAAUAUUUCUGUGACAGCUCCACAAAUAGAUGUCCAACUACCAUCAAAACAACACACCUCCAAACCAGACAAGUACAAUUAAAGGAACCCGUACAGCCAGAGCUUGGGGAGUACAUUCCAGGUAUGAAAAGUUUUGAUGUUACAGUUCAUGGUGUUGAAACAGACAUUCAUUUGCCGAAAAUUGAGAAAACAAAAAAAGAAACAAGAGAAGAAAUUGAAGCAUCAUCAAAGGAAGACACUGAAAAAGAGAAGAAGAAAGGAAAAUUCAAAAUGCCUCAUUUUAAAAUGCCUUCAUUUGGAUCUUCAGCAUCACCAGAAAAACUUCCAAAAGAUGCAGUUGAUGCUGGCUCAGUAAAAGUAGACAUUAAACUCCCAAAAGCGGAUUUGGAAAUUAAAGGUCCCAAAGUCCAAGUGAGUGAAGUUCAAGAGGCUUCAAUGCUGUCAAAACCUGAACAGGUACUCACUGUAACUAUGCCGUCUGUUGAAGUUGAAGAGAGAGAUGUUGAUAUUAAAUUACCAGGAGAAACGUUAGAAGAAAAGGGUAAAGAAAGCAAAUUCAAAUUGCCAAAAAUCCCUGACUUUGAUAUUGCAUUCCCUAAAAUAAAGAGCUCAGACGCGAAAUCGGCUGUGCAAGAGUCAGAUACUGAGGCAAAACUUCCUGAGGCAGAAAUCGAAGUCAAAGGUCUAGAUGGAGAGUCUGUGAUUCUUUCUUCAGAAGAUGCAGAAUUGAAAAUGGAAAAGGGAAAAUUCAAGAUGCCAGAACUUCAUAUGCCAAAAUUUGGCAUUUCUUUCUCUAAAGGUUCAAGCAAACAGGGUAAAGAGGAUGAGUCUAUAUCCAAACUAGAUAUCACAUCUCCAAAAGUAGAACUUGACGUGAAGAAGCCGCAUAUCUCAACAGAAGGUAAAGCUGAAGUGAAGGUGACUGCCCCCGAAGUUUCAAUAUUGAGAACAAAGCCUUCUGUUGAACUGGCAACAGGGGAGCUCAGCAUUAAAGUACCAAGAGCUAAUGAUGACAUUAAAGUUGACAGAGAACAAGUCCUAGAGGCGGAGAUGCCAGAUGUGGACGUUUCAGUAUCUACCACUAAGAAAAAACAAAUUGCGAUAACGUUGAAAGAAACGGAUAUCACCUUAACAAAACCUAAAGUAAAACCUGCAGCAAUACAAGAGGAUACUGAACAAGAAACCGUGGAAGAUAAGGAAAAAGAUGGAAAACAAAUAAAAUUCAAGAUGCCCCAGGUGAAAAUGCCAAUGUUUGGAGUGUCAGUCUCGGCAGAGAAAGUGCCUAAAGAAGAAAUACAUGUGGGAGAGAUCAAACCUGAAGUUUCAUUACCAGGAGUAGCUGUUGAUUUUAAAGGUCCUCAAGUGACAACUGUUACAACUGGUCUUGAUGUCAGUGGAGGAAGACCUGAAAUCGAUCUCGCCUCACAAAAUAUUUCUGUGACAGCUCCACAAAUAGAUGUCCAACUACCAUCAAUAACAACACGCCUCCAAAGCAAAGAAGUACAACUAAAGGAACCCGAACAGCCAGAGCUUGUGGAGUCCGUUCCAGGUAUAAAAACUUUUGAUGUUACCGUUCCUGGUGUGGAAACAGACAUUCAUUUGCCAAAAAUCGAGAAAACAAAGAGAGAAACCGGAGAAGAAAUUGAAGCAUCGUCAAAGGAAGAUACUGAAAAGGACAAGAAGAAAGGAAAAUUCAAAAUGCCUCAUUUUAAAAUGCCUUCAUUUGGAUCUUCAGCAUCACCAGAAAAACUUCCAAAAGAUGCAGUUGAUGCUGGCUCAGCAAAAGUAGACAUUAAACUCCCAAAAGCGGAUUUGGAAAUUAAAGGUCCCAAAGUCCAAGUGAGUGAAGUUCAAGAGGCUUCAAUGCUGUCAAAACCUGAACAGGUACUCACUGUAACUAUGCCGUCUGUUGAAGUUGAAGAGAGAGAUGUUGAUAUUAAAUUACCAGGAGAAACGUUAGAAGAAAAGGGUAAAGAAAGCAAAUUCAAAUUGCCAAAAAUCCCUGACUUUGAUAUUGCAUUCCCUAAAAUAAAGAGCUCAGACGCGAAAUCGGCUGUGCAAGAGUCAGAUACUGAGGCAAAACUUCCUGAGGCAGAAAUCGAAGUCAAAGGUCUAGAUGGAGAGUCUGUGAUUCUUUCUUCAGAAGAUGCAGAAUUGAAAAUGGAAAAGGGAAAAUUCAAGAUGCCAGAACUUCAUAUGCCAAAAUUUGGCAUUUCUUUCUCUAAAGGUUCAAGCAAACAGGGUAAAGAGGAUGAGUCUAUAUCCAAACUAGAUAUCACAUCUCCAAAAGUAGAACUUGACGUGAAGAAGCCGCAUAUCUCAACAGAAGGUAAAGCUGAAGUGAAGGUGACUGCCCCCGAAGUUUCAAUAUUGAGAACAAAGCCUUCUGUUGAACUGGCAACAGGGGAGCUCAGCAUUAAAGUACCAAGAGCUAAUGAUGACAUUAAAGUUGACAGAGAACAAGUCCUAGAGGCGGAGAUGCCAGAUGUGGACGUUUCAGUAUCUACCACUAAGAAAAAACAAAUUGCGAUAACGUUGAAAGAAACGGAUAUCACCUUAACAAAACCUAAAGUAAAACCUGCAGCAAUACAAGGGAUACUGAACAAGAAACCGUGGAAGAUAAGGAAAAGAUGGAAAACAAAUAAAAUUCAAGAUGCCCCAGGUCCUCAAGUGACAACUGUUACAACUGGUCUUGAUGUCAGUGGAGGAAGACCUGAAAUCGAUCUCGCCUCACAAAAUAUUUCUGUGACAGCUCCACAAAUAGAUGUCCAACUACCAUCAAUAACAACACGCCUCCAAAGCAAAGAAGUACAACUAAAGGAACCCGAACAGCCAGAGCUUGUGGAGUCCGUUCCAGGUAUAAAAACUUUUGAUGUUACCGUUCCUGGUGUGGAAACAGACAUUCAUUUGCCAAAAAUCGAGAAAACAAAGAGAGAAACCGGAGAAGAAAUUGAAGCAUCGUCAAAGGAAGAUACUGAAAAGGACAAGAAGAAAGGAAAAUUCAAAAUGCCUCAUUUUAAAAUGCCUUCAUUUGGAUCUUCAGCAUCACCAGAAAAACUUCCAAAAGAUGCAGUUGAUGCUGGCUCAGCAAAAGUAGACAUUAAACUCCCAAAAGCGGAUUUGGAAAUUAAAGGUCCCAAAGUCCAAGUGAGUGAAGUUCAAGAGGCUUCAAUGCUGUCAAAACCUGAACAGGUACUCACUGUAACUAUGCCGUCUGUUGAAGUUGAAGAGAGAUGUUGA